GUAAGGAAGAUUGAAGCGGAUCACAUGAGCGAAUACGGAAGUGGACCAUCGCAAGAUACAUGUUAAGUUAGGUCAGUGUUUUCUGUGGAUCUUAUAUCUUAAACGUACAAGGUAGCAUCGGCGGUCUUUUGACAACAAUUGCCCAUAAUGGACAACUACGGGAAAUCUGCUCUGGCCUCACCAAUACAGAUGGCUCCAGACUUUAGAGGGAAUGAGAGCUCCUUGGUAUCCGCGUUGAAGACGCUUCUCUUCUUCACCAUUCUAAUGGUCACGUUACCAAUUGGGCUGUACUUUGCAUCAAAAGCAUAUAUAUUUGAAGGCUUUAUGCACAUGUCCAGUUCAGACAGCUACUUCUACGCAGCAAUCGUGGCCGUGCUCGCCGUGCACGUGGUGCUGGCUCUCUUUGUCUAUGUGGCCUGGAACGAGGGAUCUCCUCCAAAGAGGAAGGAGGGCAAGCACGAUUAGAGGAAGAGACUCGUCCUCUCACACACGUAUUUAAAGACAGGGGUGCUCGAGAAGGGUGGGGAGGUGGGGGAAGGAUGAUAUGCCAUGUAGCCCCUUCCCACCCUGUGUUUAAGCCUGCCAUAGGAGGAGAGAGAGAGGGGUGGGGGGGAUUCUCAGGCAAGUCCCUAUCAGGAGGGGAUGGAUUCCUUGCUGGCAUUUCACAGGGAUUUAACAGUUGGAAGCAUAGAGGAUUUUAUUUGCUGAGGAUACACAAACUGUGUGUGUGUGUGUGUGUGUGUGUGUUUAUUUGUGUGUGUGCGUGUUUACAAGGUCUUUCUAUUUUCUCCUGCUCAGAUUGUGUGUUUGUGUGUGUGCGCGUGUUCGUGUAUGCGCGUGCGCAAGCACAUGUGUAAACCAGAGCUUAGGCUGGUAGGACUGUCAGAUGAUUACUGCUCCAAAACGUGCAUAACCUUAUUGGUGUGUCAUUUCACAAGCUUCCAGCAAGUCUCAAGCCCGCCUGUGUUCAGUGCUCUGUCAUCACAUUAGAUCUGUGUGUGCAAACCUACAGGGCCCACAGCUCCGGGGCACGGGGACCGCAAUUCCACAUUUGGUUAAUAUUUCUUUGUUUCCAUUCGUUUACCAUUUGUUGUUUCUCUUUUCUUUCUUUGUUUCUUCCUUUCUUUUGUUCUUUCCUUUUUUUUGUCACUGGAACUGAACUGCCCAGGGGCUGAACACACUGCUCUCAAUUGUGUGUGUGUGUGUGUGUGUGUGUGUGUGUGUGUGUGUGUGUCUGUCUGUUGGGAUUUGUCUUCAUCUGUUCUUUGUUUGUCUGCCAUUGUUUUCCGGCACACAACAAUAUUCCAAAUCAUCUCCCAUAGUCCAAAGAAGGCUAAUUGAAGUAGACAUUUCAAGUCGUGUUGUUUUGUGUUUUGCUGUACUAUGCUGUUAUAUUUGUCAAUGUGUUUGUAGAUGUCGUGAUAAACAUGUCAAGACAGAUGGCAGUGGAAAGAAAAUUAAAAUACGAAUUUUCCUAAACCCCUGAUUAUAUGAUCAUUCUUAAGGCCUAAUAUUUUGUUUUUGUUUCUGCGGAUCAAACAUAAACACCUACACCUGUCAGAAAAAGCAGAGACUGUCUGUAAACUGCAUUGCAAUAUAUAGCUCCCUCUGGUGGUGAUGCUUAGCCCAGGCACUGGAAACAAUAAACAGUCAGUGGGCCAUAUGACCAUGUGAAAUUA